ACCAUUGUUCCACCGUCACCCAAACAGGUCCUUUGAUUAUAACGAACCGACCAAAAACCGACUUCAACAACAACAGCCGCAUCACUUUCCCAUCAAUUUUCUCGCCAACCAAACAGAGUCCCACCUUGACCACCUUGUUCCAACACUUUUCAAGGUGGUCAGAACGGACCCAUUAGGUCAUUACAAGUUUACAACUCCUCCUUCAACAGUUUCUUAAAGGUAAGAUUUUUGUUUAAAUUUCGAACUCAAAAUCUUACUGCUCAAAAAACUCUCUAAAACCCUAAAUUUCAUUUCUUAGGGUUUUGGCAGAGAUUCAAAACUUCAGAAAAAGCUAACCUUUACCCAGGAAACUCCAUCAGAAUCAUGUCUUGUUCGAAUUUAACCGCUUGGGUAUCUUCAAAAACUAACACAUUUUCUCUUUCAUUCUUAGACCAGAACUCAUGCCACAAUCUUAGAAAUUCGUCAUUCCUAAAAUACCAUUGUCAAUCUUCAGUAUUUAUACCAAUACAUUGUAGUGUUCGCGACCUUAAAAACCGGAUCAAUACAGUGAAGAACACUCUGAAGAUCACUGAGGCAAUGAAACUUAUUGCGGCUGCGAGAGUCAGGCGAGCCCAAGAAGCUGUGAUUAAUAGUAGACCUUUUACCGAAAAGCUUUUAGAAUUUCUUUAUGCUGUAAAUAAAGAGUUACAAGCUGAUGAUAUUGAUAUUCCUUUGACAAAUAUUAGGCCUGUUAAGAAAGUUGCUAUUGUUGUUAUAACUGGAAAUAGAGGUCUCUGUGGUGGUUUUAACAAUGCUGUAAUCAGAAAGGCCGAAACCCGGAUGGCUGAAUUGAAAGGAAAUGGACUUGAUUGUGUUGUUAUUAGUGUAGGGAAAAAGGGUAAUGCUUACUUUAAAAAUAGGAGUAAUGUAUCAGUUGUUAGGAGUAUUGAGGGAGGGGGGUUUUAUAGUGUAAAAGAAGCACAACUGAUUGCUGAUAAUGUUUUUUCGCUAUUUGUUAGUGAAGAGGUUGAUAAGGUAGAGUUAGUGUACACUAAGUUUGUGUCGCUGGUGAAAUCCGAUCCUGUGGUUCAUACUUUGUUACCUUUAUCAAUCAAAGGCGAGGCUUGUGAUGUGAAUGGGAAGUGUGUUGAUGCUGUGGAGGAUGAGUUAUUUAGGCUGACAACUAAGGAGGGGAAGUUGAUUGUUAAGAGAGAUAGUGUUAAGGUGAGUGGUGGAAGAUUAUCGCCGCUUAUGCAAUUUGAGCAGGAUCCGGUUCAGAUUCUUGAUGCAAUGAUGCCUCUAUAUUUGAAUAGUCAGAUUUUAAGGUCAUUGCAGGAAUCAGUGGCUAGUGAGGUUGCAGCGAGGAUGAGUGCCAUGAGUACUGCUACGGAUAAUGCUGUUGAGUUGAAGAAGAAUCUUUCCAUUGCUUAUAAUCGGGAACGUCAGGCUAAAAUCACUGGUGAACUAUUGGAGAUUGUCUCUGGAGCCGAGGCACUUACACAGUCAGAACAGUUUUGACUAAUUUUCUUUCCGUUAAUUGUAUUGUUCUUUGAGAAUUUUGCUGUUGUCUCCAUAAGCUGGUAAAGGAAUCCAUCAUUUUAGAGGCAGGUG